GGUGAGGCAUUUACACGGGCGGGUCGCGGGGGACACAAAGAGAUAUGGGGCUGAGCUGUGUAACCCAUUAGAGGGUCUGUCUCAGAUCCCCUUGGUGAUGCCACUGCUUCCAUGUCCCCACCUCUGGGGACCCACCCCCUUUCUCAGGUCCUUUCCCCACGGGGCGGGGCCCCCGACCCCUUUGCACCUAGGAUCCCCGCUGUGGGACGUCACCCCAGGGAGAAGGGCUUAAAAUGGGGGCUGGGCAUGUCAGCCUGGAAGAGGAUCCGGGGGCCGUGUGCAUGUGCCAGGGGCUGCCACCACUCAGCUAUGGCAUGUCCUGCGCCCACAGACCAGAGCCGGGGAGAGAACCCAGGAGUCCUGGCUCCCAGCCCCCCUGCUCUUACCCACCAGAUCCCAGAGCCAGGUCUGGGCCGCCAGUGGUAGGGAGUCCCACAGGUGCCUGGUGUGCCAGGGAGGAAGACUCCUUGGCACCCGGUGGGGUGCGGCCUUGUGGUGCGGCUGGAGGGGGCUCUGCACAGGCACGGUUUGGCCGCUGUAGUGAAGGGCCUGCCUGAGCCCCCCGGGUCCAGCGUCUGUCUGUCUGCCUCUGCCGUCACCCGGCUGGCUGUCGGGCUCUGUCCCCAGGUCCUGAGGCAGCUGCUGCCCCGGGUGUGGCCGGGCAACUGGGGCCCAUUCAGCUGACAAAGUGAGAAGUUCUCUCGAUGAGUUCCGCAUCUGCUCCCGGCUCUGGGUUUGCUCCUUCUGCAGCCCCAGAUCUGACCCUCUGGGCUCCCCUCACCCUGCUGAGAAGAAGAGACCCAUGGCGAGGCGUGGAACUGCGAGGUGGGGCUGCUGCCGGGGCCCCCUGCCGUGGAGCAGGUGGAGAUCUCUCCAUGGGGGCUGUGACAGCCACAUCCACCUUCCUGCUGCUGCUUCUGCUGUGCCCCAUCCCGCCCCUCCACCAGUUCCUGGAGCUGACCUGUAGCCCCAGCGAGUGGAGAGUCACCCUGCUGGCCCUGGCGCUUGGCCACUUCCUGCUCUCGGCCUUCCUGGAGGUCCGGUUCCUGCUGGGCUCUGCCCCGGACGAAGCCCCCCCCAGCCCGGAGCCCUCGGCCCCCCGCAGCCCCGCUGUGGUGGCAGAGGCUCCGCGGGCGAAGUCGGGGCUCGGGGGGGCGGCGGGGGACCUGGCCGCCCCCCAGCUGCUCACCAGCCUGGCCCUGGGCGAGGAGGUGCAGGCAGCCGUGCGCCAGGGCUUCGACGCCCACCGGGCCGCCCAGGAGCUGCUGGCCACCUCCUUCCUCGCCCGCUGCAGCGUGGAGGGCAAGGCGGCCGCAGGUAUGAACAUCCCCCGGGAGCAGCUGCUGUACCAGGGGCUCGUGAGCCUGCGGGUGCCUGCAGAGGAGGUGCUGAGCUGUGCCGUGCAGGAGAAACGAUCGCUCGUCCGAUCCCAGCCUGAACCCCGUAGGGAGCCCGACCCUGAAGGCCCGGACCUGCUGAUGUUCUACGAGCCCUCGGAGCUGUUCGCGGAGACCCCGUACCUGGGCGUGGAGGGGCUGCCCCCCCUGCGACUCCAGCCCCACGUCCGACCCCCGGCCUCCACCUUCCUGAUGUUCCGCAAGCUCCAGCAGUGGGAGGCCUAGCGGGGCCAGGACAUGGUGGCUGGGCUCCAGAGACUGGUUCGGGGGGGGGCCCCCUGCUCCGCCUGAGCUGUGUUCACACUCUUUGUACCCAGCCCCCCUGGGGGUCACCAAAUAAACCCUCCCUCUGGGCGCUCAACUGUGGUGCCUGAACAUUGGGGGCCCCCCCACGUGCACUGUGGCCCCCUGCCACUGAGCGGGGUGUGUCCCAUUGAGCCCCAUGGGGGGGAUGGGCGGUGGAGGAUUGUGUUUCCCAGCAUUCCUGGGGGGGGGGGCGAGACAUCCCAUAAUUCCUGGGCUGAAUGGAGCAGGGACGUUUCCCCGCAGGCUAUGCACGCGGUCCUGCUGGAGGGGGAGGGGGAAAAGCGCCUACAUCUCCCAGUAGCCUUUGCGCGGCGGGACUGCAUUUCCCGUGAGGCUCGGCGGCGGCCCAGCCCCUUCCCGUCGUGCCCCGCGCGCAGGGAUGGCGGGCGCGCGCGGGCCGCGACUCUCGGCGGCGGAAUUCGAACGGGUGAAGCUGAGUUACCUGGACACCAUCACCCAGGAGCUGCAGGAGGCGGCCGGGCUGAUGGGGCAGCUGGACCGGAACCUGAGCGCCUGGGCCCGGCGGGCGGGGCAGCCGGAGGCGCUCGCUCAGGUGUGGUGCCGAUUCCAGGCCCAGCUGGCUGCUGCGUGCGCAGCCCCGGGGCCCCCCCGCCUCCCGCCGCCCGGCCCGGCCCAGCCCAGACGCCCUGCUGGAGGGAGAGCGGAGCCGGCCGCCCCGCCCGGGGCUGGUCAAUAAACGCUGCCUUGGGCCUGGCCCCGCCUCUUGCCUGGAUCCUUUUCGCCGCCCCCCAGGCGCCAGGCCGGGCAAUAAUCGGUAGCUUUUAUUUAUAUAUAAUAGAAUCAACAUCUGUAAAGAUAAAACUCCACGUCACACGCGGGGGGCACCCCACACAGCCCCCCCAGGCAAUGCCGCUGGGGUCCCCUGCUGCAGGGGGGAACCGGCCCAGGGCCAGCAGGAAGGGAUCCACCAGGCACCUGCUGCCCUGGCUGGUCGUCCCCCCCCCCCCCCCCAACAAUAGAUGCAAAGGGCCCCUCCCAUCCCUGCUGCAGAAAGAGGAGCUGGUGGGGGUGGGGAUCAAGGGAGUUUGGACAGCGGACUGGGAGGAGGGGGGAGGACAGACUGUUCCACCACCCCCCCCCCCAGCCCUGUGGUGGAAUGAAGUGCGCUGGGCUCCAACUGGGGCCAGGCCCUGGCCUCCUUUCCUCACCUCCCCUGGGGGGGCUGUACAGGGCACCCCAUGCAGUUCUCCAGGCUGCAGCGCUAAGCAGUGUCCAGCAGGGGGCAGCCCCUCUCACCCGGCGGAUUCAUUCCUUGGCAGCUUGGUGAGCGCAAACCCCGCAGGCCGGGCCCUCUGCCCAGAGGCCCCUGGGGCCAUGCGCCACAUCCAGGGGCUGCCGAUCUCGGGGCGCGGCGGCCAGUCCUGCCCGCCCCCGGGUCCGUCGGGCUCAGCCCAGCUGUCCUCCGAUGCAAAGAAAAAAACGGGGGGCUCCAGUCCCGAGCGUCGGCCGCUUCUCCCUCAGUGGGUGCUGGGGUGGCCCUUGUGAAGGAGAUAGAUGGGGCGCUGGAACCCUGUGGGAAGACGGGGGCAGCGGGUUAGUACAGCACUGCUCUGCCCGGCCCCGCUGCUCCCCUUCCCCCAUCUGGGGCCCCCACAAAUCGGCUAACACGGAGACUUGUUACGUUGCCACAACGCUGCUGAGCAGGACUGUGAGCAACACCGGAGGAGCCCCUCCAGCUCUGCCGCCCUCCACAGACCGCAGAUGUUAAGAGCCAGGGAAUCGCUCUGCAUCUCGACUGUGAAUCCUGCUUGUUACAGGAAGCUCAUUAGGUUGGUCUGCUGGGGGUAGGCACAGUUUUAGGGACGCCCAGAGCAUGGGGCUGCAUCCCUGACCAUCCUGGCUAAUAACCACAGAUGGCCCUGUCUGCCGUAAACUGAGCGAAUUCUUUUUUGACCUGCGUUAUACUUCUGGCCUUAACAUCCCCCAGCAAGGAGUUCCACGGGUUAACUGUGCGUUGUGGGAAGACAGCCUGGCUUGUCACAAUCCAAAUGUUUCAAGGGGAAGUGUCGAUUUGGACGGAAACAUUUGGAAACUAGCCGAAAUCCUAUGAAGCAUUUUGUUUUGACUUAUUUUGCAACUGAUAAAUAUCAAACGUCCAUUUUAAUGCCUUGUAAUAAAUAUAAAUAGAUAGUAAUUAGGCCUGACAAAUUAGAUUGGUCAGUAAAUGUCUUUCACCGUAUCCACAAACCAACCAAAACAUAUUGCCAUGGCUAACUGAAGUUUACAGACAGGCAAAGGAAGGAAAAUGCUGCCGGAGAGUUUAUAAAAAAAAAUAAUAAUAAUAAUCCAGUGAUUUUGGAAUUAGCCUCCUUACAAAGGCACUAGCCAAUGCAUAUUAAACACAGGCCGGAUUUGUUGAUUUAAGGAUACUGACAUUGUAUAUUUUGACAGAGAACGUUGACCAGUUGCGUUUCAACUGCAUAAAUAUUUUUGAAUC